GUUGUUAUACCUGCUGAAGUACCAAGGUAGUAGUUUGUAGUUCAUGUAAGGAUAGGUAAGGUAAGAAGUGCCCAGCUGAGUCCAUAGGCAAGGUACCGAGACCACUUAGCCUGCCGUCGAAGUGCCUCAGGCAUGGGGGUGGAAGGACGUCACCAAACACAUAGCGUCGCUACGAAGUAGGAACCUCACUCGGGCAGGUCUGAGGUGGGCAUCCAUAUCCAAAUUCACUACCUAAAGUUGGUGCUGAUCGGAAAAACUUUCAGUGGAUCCGGCCCGCGAACCUCCACUGUUCGCGCCAAAUUUCAAACAGAGCCGUCAGCUUUUUCUGCGCGUGCCCAGCCCAGCCGCCGAAGCUACCAACUGUGAUCUGGUUCUGGUUUUGUGAUACUGCUCCGAUCCGCGCCCAUACAUCAUCGGCUUCCCGACUCCCUUCAAUCCCGCAUCGACGGCUUCACUUCUACUCGCCCCCCGCUACGCCGAUCCCCUUCAAUAACACAUAGACUUCGCAAUGUCGGGUCCAAUUCCAUCAAUGGCUCCAGGCCAGCCAACCUACGUACCUGUCGACUCUUCCUCUGGCCUCUGGGAGCGGUUAACACAUUGGGCCUCUGAGAACAAGACUGUCGUCUACACCAUUGCAGGUGUUGGUAUUGCUGUGACAGGUGCCGGUGUUAUUUACUACCUCAAUGACAACAGCGGCAAAGACACAACACCAAAGUUGAGCAAGAAGGAGAGGAGAAAGCGAAAGGAAGCCGAUCGCAAAGCUGAUAAGGAAGUGCCCUCAAGUGGCCCCUCUCAACCCAAGCCUGCCUCUGCCUCUGCCGAGAGCGAGCCCGAGCUGCCCGAGGUCGACGAAGAAACUGUCUCCAGCCUCACCCAAGAACAGCGUGAAGAGUAUGCCGCCAAGCUGAAGCAGGCUGGCAACAAGGCCUAUGGCGAUAAGUCAUAUAACAAGGCUAUCGACCUCUACUCUAAAGCCAUUCUCUGCAAGGCCGACCCUGUCUUCUACUCCAACCGGGCAGCCUGCCACAGCGCAAUGAGCGAAUGGGACCAGGUUAUCGAGGACACCACUGCCGCUAUCAACAUGGAUCCUGAGUACGUAAAGGCCAUCAACCGCCGUGCUACUGCCUACGAGCACCAGAAGAAGUACUCCGAGGCCCUCCUCGAUUUCACGGCCUCAUGUAUCAUUGACAACUUCAAGAGCGAGUCUACGGCCCAGGCUGUCGAGAGACUUCUCAAGACUUUCGCCGAGCAAAAGGCCAAGGAGAUGAUGGCGUCCCGACCACCUAAGCUGCCCAGCCCCAUCUUUGUCGGCAACUACCUUCAAAGCUUCCGCCCUAAGCCUCGCCCCGAAGGCCUUGAGGACUCGGAAGAAUUGGACCCUGAUACUGGUAAGGGACAAGUGCAGAUUGGACUCCAAGCUUUGGAGAAGAAGACUGGCGAUGGCUAUGAAGAGGCUCGCCAGGCUUUCGAGAAGGCUCUAGAGCUCGGUGACCUGGGUGAGCACGAAGCGCUUGCUUAUAACAUGAGAGGUACAUUCCGGACCUUGCUAGGUAACCAUGCCGAAGCAACGCAGGAUUUCGACAAGAGCAUCGAGCUCGACCCCACCAUGACACAGAGCUAUAUCAAGCGUGCCAGCAUCAGCCUGGAGCUGGGCGAGCCUGACAAGGCCGAGGCUGAGUUUGCCAAGGCUCUCGAGCAGGAUAAGAACGACCCCGACGUCUACUACCACCGCGCUCAGGCCCAUUUCAUCAAAGGAGACCUUGCCGAUGCCCAGAAAGAUUACCAGAAGUCGAUUGACCUUGACAAGGACUUCAUCUUCUCCCAUAUCCAACUCGGUGUCACCCAGUACAAGAUGGGCUCAAUCGCUUCGUCCAUGGCUACUUUCCGACGAUGCAUUAAGAACUUCCCUAAAGUACCUGACGUCUACAACUACUAUGGAGAAUUGCUCCUCGAUCAGGGUAACUUCUCUGAAGCUGUUGAAAAGUUCGACACGGCUAUGGAGAUGGAAAAGCAGACUAAGCCCAUGUCAAUGAACGUUUUGCCCUUGAUUAACAAAGCACUGGCCCUGUUCCAGUGGAAGCAAGACUUUAAGGAAGCCGAGGCCCUUUGCCAGAAGGCCCUUAUCAUCGACCCGGAGUGCGAUAUUGCCGUCGCUACCAUGGCCCAGCUCCUCCUUCAACAGAACAACGUUCCUGCUGCUCUUAAGUAUUUCGAGCGCGCGGCCGAGCUCGCUCGAACUGAGGCUGAGAUUGUCAAUGCCUUGUCAUACGCCGAGGCAACCAGAACACAAGUUCAAGUCACAGAGAAGUACCCAAAGUUGGCAGCCAAGUUGGCGGGUGGCGCUGGGCCUGGUGGCCUUCGUAUGGGUCCCCAAUAAAUGUUGUACGAGAAAUAAACACCAAUCAAUGAAUGGCCAAGGCGUGUAAAGUGUACGAAUUAGGAGCAGACGAGAAAAAGGAUGGCGUUGAUUUAGGAUGGGACGCGGGACAUAACCAACCACACUCUGUCCACCGAGGGAGCUUACGCAGCUGCUUCCUCACCAGCAAGUAAGGUCCAAUGCUCUGCAGUUGGGAACUAUAAUGCACACAACUGAGCCCAAUUGUACCUGUAUAUAAUAAGUGCUUCUCUUAUGUUUUUCUUAAGCAUAUCGGAAAUUUUCGAGGUGAACGCAGGGCAGGUACUCAGCAGGCUUGGACAUCAUUUGCACUGGUACAUGGGAGGAAGAAAAAUGAGUCGUAUUUUUUUUUUCGUCACGCCCUGUCCGAUGACUUGAUGAAUAUGGUACUCAAAAUCACUAUGUAGACCGAUAUGAUUGAACAGCCUUUAAAGGCAUGACAUUAAUACCAUGAAUCUCUACUCCAGUAGCCUCAAUGACUCAAUGACGUUUUCUGGAUCGUGUUUCAACAU